CUCAGCUUCUUUCUCCGGCUAGUUAUCUCUGUUCUACAUUUCUUUCAUUCUCCCCCUCCCUCUCUCUAAACCUCUGUUUUCAGAUCUGCCGAGCUCUACAGAGAGAAAUAAGAGCUCAGAUUUGUCUGCAAUGGCGGUUUCAAGGAAGUGGGUUACCAUGGCUUUGACUUCUGUGAUGCUUUUCUUGGUCCUCGUCGGCGUUGCUGCCCGAGUCCAGAAAACCGAAGUCUCUGAGUCUAGAGCUGGAGAGAAUGAAGAUUUGCAGACUCCGAAGAACUCGACAAUGGCGGCCAGGUAAUGACUCGUACUCGUUAGUUGUAAAUGAGCUAUUAACUCGGAAUAUUUACCCUACCGCCUCUGUUUAUUCGUCUGAAUCGCCGAGUCAACCCAGUGAGGCGAUUUCAGUUUUUUCCUCUGAUGCCGUUAGUGGUUGCAGUGAAUCUCAGCGGUCCGUUGUGUUUUCGUCCCAAAAAUAUUCGUUCAAUGCCUACCGUCCGAUUCUCUCUUAUCCAGUAGCUGGGUGAGUGCUCCUAUCCGAAGGAGUAAUUUCCGCCGCUGAGAUUCUCAGAUCUCAACCGUUUAAUCCGUUAAACCCUACACAUUGGAUUCCUGUGCUCUGCAAAGGCAAAUCUUCAUUGGUUCUUUCACCGCACCUCUUUUUUCACGUGUACUUCCAGAACUACCCCUCCCUCUGCUAAAUUCCACUCAAUAUCUCCUUUAACUGAAAACCCACAUGCAUCAUUUCUCUCUCUUCACUCUCUCUCUAAAACCUCAACUUUUAGAAAACCCAUUUCUAUGGAAUCAUUCAUCUGCUUGGAGCUGUACUUUUGUUGCGUGAAAAAUGGAUAAAUGCUGGCAGAGAUGGAGGAAGCUUUGAGCAAGCAUGCAGUGGCUGACCCGGAAGAGGUUGCCACCAUAGUUGCAGAGACCAUCAGAAACAGCACUGAGAGGCGAAAACUGGGAUACUUUUCAUGCGGGACUGGUAAUCCCAUAGACGAUUGCUGGCGAUGUGAUCCAAAUUGGAUCAACAACCGCAAGCAGCUUGCUGAGUGUGCUAUAGGGUUUGGGCGCAAUGCUAUUGGAGGGCGUGAUGGGAAAUACUACGUCGUCACAGAUCCUAAUGAUGAUGACCCGGUGACCCCCACGCCAGGCACUCUCCGCCAUGCUGUCAUCCAGGAUGAACCUCUGUGGAUUGUGUUCAAACGUGACAUGGUCAUAACAUUGAAGCAGGAGCUAAUCAUGAACAGCUUCAAGACGAUUGAUGCUCGAGGGGCCAAUGUUCACAUUGCCAAUGGUGCAUGUAUCACCAUCCAGUACGUCACCAACAUCAUCAUACACGGGCUCCAUAUUCAUGACUGCGUACCCACUGGAAAUGCUAUGGUGAGGAGCUCCCCAUCCCAUUUCGGAUGGAGGACGAUGGCUGAUGGUGACGGAAUCUCCCUCUUCGGGGCAAGCCACAUAUGGGUGGACCACAACUCGCUGAGUCACUGCGCAGAUGGACUUGUUGAUGCUGUCAUGGGCUCAACCGCAAUCACCAUCUCCAACAACCACUUCGCCCACCACAAUGAGGUGAUGCUGUUGGGCCAUAGUGACUCAUACACAAGAGAUCAGCAAAUGCAAGUGACCAUCGCCUUUAACCACUUUGGGGAAGGUCUGAUCCAGAGGAUGCCAAGGUGCAGGCACGGCUACUUCCAUGUGGUCAACAAUGACUACACCCACUGGGAGAUGUAUGCUAUUGGUGGGAGUGCAAACCCAACCAUCAAUAGCCAAGGAAACAGAUACCUUGCUCCACAGAAUGGAUUUGCCAAGGAGGUGACGAAAAGGGUUGACACACCAGAGGAUAAGUGGAAGGGUUGGAACUGGAGGUCAGAUGGGGACUUGAUGCUGAAUGGGGCUUAUUUCACUCGAUCUGGAGCUGGUGCUUCAGCUAGCUAUGCAAAAGCUUCGAGCUUAAGUGCCAAGCCCUCAUCUAUGAUCCGUGCUCUCACUCAAAAUGCUGGUCCUUUAGGUUGCCGUAAGGGCAAAUCUUGCUAGCCAGCAACACCCUAUCCUGUGACUCAUCAUACACAACAAAUAUGAAAACAUAGUCUCUCCUUUUCUUUCUUCAUCCUAGCUUUCUAUCUGCUAUAGUUAUCCUAUCUGACCAUUACUAUGAACAAACUACCUAUGUCAUACUUAAUACCCAUGUGUCCUUUGAUCAAAGUAAUCCGUCUGUAAGCCCACCCAUACAAACCACCACCACCAUUGGCCAGUGUACAUUUUUUGCACUUAGCCAGAUUCUAAAGUUGCGCAACCUCGGCCUGAUUCUACCAAAUGAAGUGUAUGCUAUUGUUUGUGGGAUGCGGGUGCGGAAGCGUUGUCAUCUCAUCCCUUUUUAGUAGUUUUAUCUUACAUUUUCAGUGUUUCGUCUGCUCUAAAUAUUGUGAUUGGAUUCUAAGUUUAGUGAAAUUGAAGAAUGAUUUUCUAAGUUCUGUUUUUUUCUUUUUUUAAGUAGCCUUUCUGUGACUUAUUAUUGAGCACCUGAGUCUUCAAUCUUCAUAGGAUCUUCCUUACACAUACACUGUGAAUGUCAACUGUUCUAUUGGUGUAAAAGAAAUUACAGUACUUUGUGAUUGAGAGAAUGAAGCCAAAUUACUUUAAUUGUCA